UGCUCUCGCGGGAUCCCCCUCCGCGCCGGGGAGCCACCCGCAAAGGAAGGAGCCCAGGGCAAGGUCAGGGCCGCCCCCGAGCUGGCGCUUCCUCCCGGGCCGGACUCGGCUGCUCCAGCGCGCGGCCCCGGGGGCGCCUGCCUGCCUGCGCCUGCCCCUCCUCUCCGGCCAGCGGCCCCGGGCCUGCCCUGCCCUGCCCUGCCCGCGCCAGGCACCGCCCCCGCGCCCUCCCCGGGGCGGUGGCAGCAGCAGCAGCGGCCACCGUCGGGACGGGACGAGGCGCCGCCAGCCACCAGGCCGAGCCCGGCGGGGGCGCACGGACCGCACACGCGUCCGGGCAGGAGGCGGCGAUGGCGGAGGCGGGAGGGACGCUGGGCCGGGCGCUGUGCGUGGUGACGGGCGCCUCGCGGGGCUUCGGCUGCAGCCUGGCCCGGCUGGCGGCCCCGCGGCUGGCGCCCGGCUCGGCGCUGCUGCUGGUGGCGCGCUCGGCGGCGGCGCUGGCCGAGCUGGAGGGCGAGCUGGGCGCCGCCUGCCCGGGCCUGCGCGUCCAGAGCGUCCCCGCCGACCUGGCCACCGAGGAGGGGCUGCAGCGGGUGCUCCGGGCCGCGCGCGGGGCCGGCCGCCUCGAGCGCCUCUUGCUGGUCAACAACGCCGCAUCUCUUGGGGAUGUUUCCAAAUCCUUCUUGGACUUCACCAGCCCAGCUGAAGUCAAUGGCUACCUGGCGCUCAAUGUCACCUCCGCGCUGUGCCUGACCUCCUCCCUCCUGAAGGCUUUCCCUGCGCAGCCUGGCCUGUGCCGGAUGGUGGUCAACAUCUCCUCACUGUGUGCCCUGAAGCCCUUCAAGACCUGGACACUCUACUGCACUGGGAAGGCGGCCCGGGACAUGAUGUUCCAGGUCCUUGCAGCGGAAGAGCCGGAUGUCCGGGUGCUCAACUAUGCGCCAGGCCCCCUGGACACUGAUAUGCAAGAAGUGGCACGGACCAAAUCGGGAGACCCAGACCUGCGGCAACAGUUCCUCCUCAUGAAGCAGAGCGGGCGCCUCCUGGACUGCGAUGCUUCAUCCCAAAAGCUGUUGAGUCUUCUUCUGGCAAACACUUUUGAAUCAGGGGCACAUGUUGACUUCUAUGAUGUCUGAGUGGUGGUGGUUUUUCUCUGGCUUGGCUUGGCUUGUGCUCCUGGGGAAAUCCCCUUCAGGUGCUGCUUCCCACGGGUGUGGGCGGGGUUGCGCUCUCUUCUUAAUGCCGUGGAUAAAAGGCUGCAUGAGAGAUUGAUAUCAUGAGGGCAUUUGCAGAGUUCUGAAACAACUGGAUGAGACUCAAGCUCAGGAAUGAGCCCUUUGAAGUGGGGCAGGGGGUGGGAACGUGGUCUCCUGAUUACUGUUUACCACACACAUUUUGCUUUGCUUCUGGGACAGAAGAGGCAUCCCCUGCAACUGGUAUUGAGAGGCAUUGUGCCUCUGAGACUGGAGGUGGCCUAAAGCCACCAGAUUAGUAGCCAUGGAUAGACCUCUCCUCCAUGACUUUGCCUAAUUUAAAGCCAUCCAAGCUAGUGGCCAUCACCACAACUCGUGGCAGAGAAUUCCAUAGAUUAAUUGUGUGCUGUGUGAAAAAGUACUUCCUUUUGUUGGUCUGAAAUCUCCCAGCCUUCAGUUUCAUAGGAUAACCCCUGGUUCUAGUGUUGUGAGAGAGGGAGAAAAAUUUCUCUCUGUCUUCCCUCUCCACUCCAUACAUAAUUUUAUUAUUUCUUUAUUAUGUCUCCACCUAGUCAGAAAGAGCCCCAGAUGCUGUAGGAAGGUGCUCCAGGCUUCUGAUCAUCUUGGUUGCCCUCUUCUGCACCUUUUCCAGUUCUACAAUAUCUUUCUUAAGAUACAGUGACCAAAGCUGUACACAGUACUCCAGUUGCAGCUGCACUGUAGAUUUUCAUAGGGGCAUUAUAAUAUUAGCAUUUUUAUUUUCAACCCCCUUCCUAAUGAUCCCUAGCAUGGAAUUGGCCUUUUUCACAGCUGCCACACUGAGAUGACACUUUCAAUGAGCUGUCCACCACGACCCCAAGCGCUUUCUCCUGGUCAGUCACCAACAGCUCAGAUCCCAUCAGCAUAUGUGUGAACCUGGGGUUCUUUGCCCCAAUAUGCAUCACUUUAUACUUGCUAGCAUUGAACCGCAUUUGCCAUUUGGUCGCCCACUCCCACAGUUUGGAGAGAUCUUUUUGCAUCUCCACAAUUUCACUACCCUAAAUAGUUUGGUGUCAUCUGCAAAUUUGGCCACCUUGCUGCUUACCCCAACUUCUAGAUCAUUUAUGAAUACAAACUACCAAACAAACUGGUCCAACUACCGAACCCUGGAGGACCCCACUUCCUACCUACCUCCACUGUGAAAACUGUCCAUUUAUACCUACCCUCUGUUUCCUGUCCUUCAACCAGUUACCUAUCCACACAUUAACCUGUCCCCUUAUCCCAUGUCUGCUAGGUUUACUCAAGAGCCUUUAAUGUGCAAGUUUGUCAAAAGCUUUCUGGUAGUCCAAGUAUACUAUAUCAACCGAUAUACAUUAAUGUUACAAGAAGAUGGUACAACAGAAUAAAAGAACAUUUGCAACAUGUACAGUUGGUAUAGCUCUUAUUAGACUGCUAUAUUGGUCAUGCUCAUAUAUUCAAUCCAUCGUCUUCUUAACCAUUUCAACCAAGAUCUUACUUGGAUUAUAAUAAACCCUAUUUGUUUCCAAUGUA